CAGAACCUUCAAGAAGCAGAAUCGCGUCGAAUAGACGGUUGCCAUGAGACUUCUUCACGGCCUUAUUCUCUUGCCUCUGUUCUUGCUCCCGCUCGUCGACGUCGCCGACGGCAGAGGGGGAGUGAUUGUGGGCGGGUGGACGCCGAUAAAGGACCUGAACGACCCUCACGUGACGGACAUCGCGAAAUUCGCGGUGUCGGAGUACGACAAGAGAAGCGGAGCGGCGCUGAAGUUGGAUAAGGUGGUCAAGGGAGAGACGCAGGUGGUGGCCGGCACGAACUACCGGCUUGUGCUGACGGCGAAGGCAGGAUCGUCGUCGGCGUCGCAGAAGUACGAGGCCGUUGUGUGGGAGAAGCCGUGGGAGCAUUUCAUGAACCUGACGUCGUUUAAGCCUGUUCAUGGAUAAGACAAUGCGGAUUUCGCGCCUUCAUCUUGCAGGGCGGGUUUGAUCUGUGUAUUAUAAUUAUAUGUAUUCUCCAAUCUGUAUUAUUUAAAUGCCUAUGGGAAUAAACAGGUUUGAGAAGUGGGAAUAUGCAGAGUGUUUGGUGAUAUUUCAUAGCAAUAAAGAUGUUUUUGUGUUCUUUGGAGAUCCUCGACUGGUUUAGACUCCAGAACAAUCUGGAUUUUCACUGUUGUUUCUGUGAAUCCCAGUAUUGGGCCCUUUUUGCUUCAGUAGAUCAAAUAAUUUUGCAAG